AUGCCGGCGUCAACGCGGACGGCGUGCGCGUUCAGCUGUUCCCCGAUGGCGGCUGCGCGGGUGGGCGCGCGGAAGGUUGCGCGGAUGGGCGCGCGGAAGGUUGCGCGGAUCGGCGUGCGCCGACUCCCCUCACCCGCCGUCGGCCCCCCCGCGCUCCGCGCGGAUCCCCGCGGGCGCGCGCGGAGCCUCGGCGUCGUUGCGGGUGGCGGCGGGGGUGGCGGAAACGGCGUGAGCUCCCUCUCGCCUCGUCCACGUGGCAGCAGCUUAUUGGCUCCGCCGCUUGUCGUCAGCACGCUUAAGCCCGGUGGGCUUCAAACGAAUGGGCUGUCGUCGCCGUGUCAGAUUGACGGCAGCGGGUAUGUAACGCCACCUCAGCAUGACGUCAUCGACUGGGACAGCGCGAGCGGCGGAAGCGGCGGGAUGCCCUUCGGAGAGGAAAAUUUGGUCGCAGCAGCGGCGGCGGCGGCGGCGACGGUUGCGGCGGCCAAUGCUGGUGACGACAUUCCUUCUAAUGCGUAUUACGGUGCCAGCGGCGCCGCAUCUGCUUCUGCUGCUGCGCCCACCGAAUACGUACCCGCUCCCACGACACUGCCGGCUCGAAGGCCUAGUAUCGGAGCGCGCCAUAACGGAUCAUACGGCGCGCCGAAGCACGUCCAGCCACAGCAGCCCCAUGCCUCGCACGAGCAGCAACCGCAACGGCAGCUGCAACAGCCUCACGAGACGCACGAGCAGCAGCAGCGAAUGCAUCGCUCCAUUUCACUCAGCGCUGCUGCGCUGGCAGCCGCUGAUUGGCUGCGCUCCCCCGCGGGGGGACCUCGGCGCGGAAGCGGCUCCCCUUCCGCCGUGCAUCCGCUCCCGCCGCCCCGCACCACCACCAUCGGCGCCACUGGCGCAGGCGCGGCAGCGGGAGGCCAGCGCGCGGAAGAUUUUGGCGGAGGGGCGCGCGGACAUGCGGCAGAGGAGGGGUACUAUGACGAGGCGUUGGCGGAAGGAAUGGGGGAUGUGCUGCGGAGCCGCGUCCGCCGCGCUAAUAACGCGGACGACAACAAUGAUAACGACGAUGGCCCCGUUAUAAUGACGUGCAGGCUGUUUCCGAGGAGGAGCACGUCGCGUACGUCUCUUAACGGAGGUGGCAGUAGCGCGGACAGCGUGAGCGGAGGGAGCGUGCGUGAGGGGAAAGACGACAAGUACAGCAGGAAACCGAAACGAAGCAUCUCUUGGGGAGGAUGGAUGAAAGGAGGGGGGAGCGGAGGGGGAAGCGGGGGGGGAAGGGAAGCAGAGAACCAGCGAAGGCUCAACGCCGGGAAUGACGUCACACCUGGUGCUGCUGGCGUCACGGUAUCGCCCACCCCUGCUCCCGGGGCUGCUGCUGCCGAGGCUGCUGCUCUCGCCGAGGCAAGCGCCCGAGCCUGUCGGCUAGCCUUGGCAGCGGAGUCCGAAGCAGCAGUGAGCUUCUCUCAGGCUAUAAGCUUUGCAGGCUCGGUAAGCACGUCUCAGCAAUGCGGGUCCCACACUCACUCUCGCUCUCGCAAACACUCUCCUGCUGUUAACUUCGGUUGGCCGUUGAAACACGACGAAGUGCGUCGAGAGAGCAAAAAGAAGAUCCGCGCAAAGAAAGAGAGAGCAGGGGACGGAUUGGGGGGAGAGCGGAGGGGCGAGGAGGCAGGGGUUGUAUUGCAGGCAGAGGAAGAAAGAGCUUCCCACGUGGAGGUAAAUCGGGAGGGAGCUAGAGGAAAGCAAGAGAAGCGGCAGCAACAAGAGGAGGAGUUGGACGGAAAGGAGGAGCUGGUGGGGGAGGAACAGCGGCAACAGGAGCAGCAGGAGCGAGAGCAUGGGGAAAACGAGCAGACAGGUGGGGACAGAGAAGCAGGAGCAGCAAAAGGAGCACCAGCAGCAGCACCGACACCUUUUUCAGCAGCAGCCGCCGUGGCAGCAGCAAAGGGAGCGCGGUUGAAGGCGGUGGGGAGCACUGUGAGGGCAGCGAGAGCGGCAAUGGAGCAGGGGGCGCUUGAGGGCGCGAAUGUGGCGACUCUGGUGGGGCAUUACAAUUCACUGCUGCGCCUGCAGGAGCAGAUGGAACGACAGGAGAGGGGAGAGAUGAAGGAGAGAGAAGAGGUGGAGGAGAGGAGGGAGGAGGAGAGGGAAGAGGUGGAGGAUAGGGAGGAGGAGGAUGGAGUUGAAGGUCCACAAGUGCCACGGCUGCAACAGCAGAUGGCAGCUUCGCAGCAGGUGCUACCAGAUCAGUCGCAACGUCAAGAGAAGGGUGGAUUUAAGGCGACGAGCCGUCAGCUGCAAGAGAGGCAGGAGCAGCAGCUGCAGGGGCGGCAGAGUCAGGGGCGGGUGCGCAGUGGGGAAGAGAGAGGACUGCCAGAGGAGGAGGAAGGUGAGGAGGAAGGUGAUGAGGAAGGUGAGGAGGAAGGUGAGGAGGAAGGUGAGGAGGAAGGUGAGGAGGAAGGUGAGGAGGAAGGUGAGGAGGAAGGUGAGGAGGAAGGUGAGGAGGAAGGUGAGGAGGAAGGUGAGGAGGAAGGUGAGGAGGAAGGUGAGGAGGAAGGUGAGGAGGAAGGUGAGGAGGAAGGUGAGGAGGAAGGUGAGGAGGAAGGUGAGGAGGAAGGUGAGGAGGAAGGUGAGGAGGAAGGUGAGGAGGAAGGUGAGGAGGAAGGUGAGGAGGAAGGUGAGGAGGAAGGUGAGGAGGAGCAGCAUGACUACACAAUGUCGUUGGACCAGCACCACACGGAAGCCAUUUCUCAUACCGAUGCUGAAGGGUUGAUUGGAGCAACCCUGAGCCCUCUCACGUAUGCCGUGUCUGGUUUGCCUAUUCAGCAGCAGCAGCUGCUGUGGCUGGAUCAGUUGCAGCAGCAGCAGCAGCAGCAUCAGCAGCAGCAGGAGCAGCAGCAGGAGCAAGAGCAGGGAAUGCUGCCUCUACCACCAGGAGCACUGGACUAUCCUACCCAUUCCACCAACCCGUUCCUUAAUGUGAUUAAUGAGGAGGUGAUUAGAGGCGUGGAUAAACUAGAUGGGUUUGAGGGAGUCCAUAUGGGGCAUGGCAGAAGCCCUUACUCCAGUGAUGAUGGGCUUGGUGGUACAGGGGCUACCAAUAGAGAGGAUACAGGAGCACGACAGGCACAAGACGUUGAGAAGAGUUCAGUCGGUUUGAUGAGACCUCGACGGGUUUCUUUCAACCGCGUGGUGCGCGUGCGAACGUUUACUCGUGUUACUGCCACUUCUGACGCAUGUGAUGAUGCGCAAUAA